UUUGGUUUGUUGAUAUUGAUCAUGAGACUACUGCUGAUGACUUAUGUCAACUCACCCCUUGCGAUAGUGGAAGUCUAAUCCAACACCAAAUAAAAUGCAGUCUUUUUUAAGUAGCUGAAUUUAAACACUCUCUGCAAAACUGAGAUGCAGAAAAUAUGCUUAAAGUAGAAUCGCAGAAAAUUAUCUAAAUAAUUUUGGUGUAGCGGGUAAAAAAAAAGUCUGUUCAACUUGGCAUCAUGCUGGCAACAAAUGGACAGAACAAAAAGAAAACAUUCCACUUGGAUGAAACAGACCUGCUCUGUAAAAAUGGAUGUGGGUUUUAUGGUAAUCCGGCAUGGCAGGGUUUCUGUAGUAAGUGCUACAGGGAAGUCUAUCAGACAGCCCGGCAGGCACAGAUGCAGCACGAUGCUGCUAAAGAAGCUGCACAAUCUACCAUCAUUAAAAAGGUUCCUGGUCUAGCUGAUGUCAGGGCAUCAUUUUCUCGAUUUGAAGAGAAGAAAACUCAGCAGGUCAAUAAGCGAAGCAACACAUUUAAAUCUUUUUUAAGAAAAACUCCAAAUAAAGAAAAUCAACCGCUUGUGAAAGAGCCGAGGCGCAUCAGUGCUGAAAGCCAGAAAAUUGGUGGUGAAUUUGCUGAGUUUUUGAAAUCUAUGAAGAGAAAGCCAGCAGCAUUGGAAAUCUCUAAACUGGUGCGUGGGUUUAUUGAACGGGUGCAGCAUCAUCAGGAUGUGUCUGUAGAUGAUUUGUCAGAAAUGGUGCAAGACUUCUAUACAAGCUUGUCGGAAAAGUUAAAUUGCCUACCAGUGUUCAAAGGCUUUUCCCCUGAUGUGAUAGACAAGGUAAUGGACUUCACUGAGCGUUACAUUUUGACCAGGUUAUACCCCACAAUUUUCUGCCACCACACUACCAAUGAUGAGGAGAGAGACUUAGCCAUCCAGAACCGGAUUAGGAGCCUCCACUGGAUAACAGCAGCCCAGUUGGACACACUCAUCAAUGAAAAUGACCCGGCUAUUAGAUAUGAACUGGACAGUGCAAUAACAGACAUCAUAGAACUUGAUUCAAAACGAGCUACCCAAGACAAGCUCCAGUGCAUUGUAAGCUGCAGCAAGCAUAUCUUUGAGGUGCUGCGCCAGUCCAAGCAAGGCCCUGCAAGUGCUGAUGAGUUUCUACCAGCUUUGAUCUACAUAGUGUUGAAGGCCAACCCUCCCCUACUGCAGUCAAACAUCCAGUACAUCACACGCUUUGCAAACCCAACACGGCUUAUGAGUGGGGAGGAGGGAUAUUAUUUCACAAAUUUGUGCUGUGCAGUGUCUUUUGUGGAGGGCAUCAAUGCAGAAUCUCUUAACAUCAGCAGUACAGACUUCGACCGCUACAUGUCGGGUGAGGCUGUGCCACCUGGGUCAGGCAACGAGCACCUGUGCAGAGGUCUGCAACUGAUGCAUGAGAACCUGAGGGAACUCGGGGAACUCCGUCAGCGACAGGAGAAAGUUAUGGCAGAGGCUCUGCAGCUUCUAGCGGAUAUGAAUGAGUUCAAAGAAAACUUUGUCACACAAAUUGAGCAAACUAAACAAAAGACCCCUCUCACUAUACGGCCACGUAAAGUGAAAGUAGAUCCAGAUGCUGAAUUUUCAGGAACCAACAGCAAUCUUCCUUCACCUUUAACCCCACUGAGAGUACAUCUGGAUGGCACCAUUGUUCAACCAGGGGAGAAGCAAAGGGAUGACUUGUCAAAAGAUGGACAAGAGAUGGACACGGGAGAGGAUGGCAUUUGUGUGAAUUCUGUGUUGUCAUCACAUAACAGCAGUGCAAUAGACAAUAACUGUGAUAUUGAUGAUAUGCUACUGGGUGACGAAUCUGUCAGCACCAAUGAUUCUACUUUGGUUGUUGAGUGAUUAAUUGGCAUUUUUUAAUUAAAUGGCUACUUUACUCCAUUGACUUAAACUAAUUAGAUUUAGAUCUAGUGAGAAAUCGGCAACUUAGCAUCCAAAUAUUUCCACAGCUUUCAGAAAUUAUUUUUUUAUCGUUAAAAUUUUAUUUAUUCUUUUCAGAAUACUCAUGCUUUUGUCUUGUAUAGAAAAUUUGCUGGUACUUCUCUGUUCCUUCUAAAUUUAUGUACAUUGCUCUAAUCCUUCUCAAAGGUUAGUUAAAAAUGGGUCUUGGAAAUUUUACAAGUAAAUACUAUGUAGUUUUGUGUACUUAUUUAAAUUGUGAUGAGAGAGAGGAAUAAAACAAGCGUGUUGUAUUGGUUUGAAGAUGAGGAUGGAUAUUUUUUUAAGAUGGUGCAGAUAUUUCUUUUUAUAUGAUUAAAUGAUUUCAGACAGAAAAUACAAAGGUCUUUGAGUUUUUCAUGUUUUAAUUUGUGUGAAGUUUUUAUUUUCACCAUUUAUUAAAGAGUGGUAGAUUUAUUGGCAUGUUAUUUCUAAAAGUAAAAGGUGUAAAUAAAACAUUUGGGCUUUGUAUUGUAACAUAUUUGAAGGGAAUGUGUUCUUGUUUGACUAUUACUUUCACUUUUUUUUUGCACUCAAUGCAAAUGUGGUGGUGUCAUGUUUUUUUUUUAAAUAUACCAUGUAUUAAUGAUUAAUGUAUGGUUCAUCUUAAGUAUCAUAGAAAUGUUAUUUUCUUUUUUUGCUUGUAUAUGGUUAGCUUUUUUUUAAAGCUUAAUUUCCAGACAAAUGUAUUGAAUGAGGUUGCCUAGAUUAGAUUUAUAUACGACUGAUAAAGCUUUUCAGAAAUAUAUUGACAAUACUGAGACCUGAUUUUUUUGUACAUUUUAGUCUAAGAUUCCAAACAAAACCUCAUAGCAACAUUGGUUCAUGUUCAUAUUUGUUUUUUACAUUAAAAAAAAAAUCAUCAUACAAAAUAACAAUGCUUGGUU